AUGGAGUUGCUGCGCAUCGUGCUGGACGCGGUGUCGGGGCGGCGGCAUGUUGUGGAGUACCCAUGCAGGAUUUUGGGUCGCACAGUAAACGACUACAACGAACUAGUAGAGGUUUUGCGUCACGGUUUUUUCCUUUUUACGUACCGCAUGAAUUUUAGCCCACUGCCUCACUCCCUCGUGACCUCCGACAAGGGGUGGGGCUGCCUUGUACGGUCUUCUCAGAUGCUGCUCGCCCAUGCGCUUUGGCGUUACUCAGAGAAUGAAUGUAGGCUUGACUACUUCCGCGACCUAGACACUGCGGAUGGCGCCCCCUUCUCGCUGCACAACAUGGUGCGGGCAGUGAUGAAGAAGGCGGACGUGUUUAGCCCAGAGUACUGGCCACCGAGCCAGGGCUGUGAGGCGAUCCGCUGUUGCGUGAACAAUGCCGUGGAUCAGCGGAUCAUCCCUCCCAUUAGCGUCGUAGUUUGCUCUCAGGGAUGCCUGUUGGCGAAGGAGAUUUGCGCCGAUUUGGAAUCUCGCCCUGUGCUCAUCUUGACCCCUGUACGUUGCGGUGUCUCACGACGGAUGGCUCAGAUGAUGUUCUUUUCGCUUGAAUACCUUCUUCACUCCCCGGCGUGUCUGGGCGUGGUGGGCGGCGUGCCAAACCGCAGCUAUUAUAUUCUGGGAAGCAGCUGUCAACAACUGUUGUACUUGGAUCCCCACUGCAUGACACAAAAUGCUCUCCUCUCGUGUCAUACGGAGGAGGAUACGGGCAUCGUGAUAGCCACGGCGAGCCUCGUCAAGUGUGUGCAGUGGGACCGCCUCGACACAUCGUGUUUUUUUGGUUUUUUGGUGGCUUCCCGUACCGAAUGGUCGGCGCUGCGAACACGUCUGGAGGAGUUGCAGUGGCAGGGCUUAGAGCAGCUGCUUUGCGUCAGUGAUGACGACGUGGGACACCACCUUGAUGAUGAGGUCGCGCUGUGGCCGAGUGAGGAGGACGUGGGGGGGUAG